AUGUCCCUUCUACGACAGGCUGUCGCAGGAGCCUCCCGCUCCAGCGCCGCGCUCCGAACCAGUGCGGCUCCCCUCCGACACCUUUCCACCUCGUCAGUCACACGCAAGGAUCCUCAGCUCGGUGACUACCCCGAUCUUCCUUUCGUCAGCAACCAGCAGCGCAAAUACUCGCCCAAAUGGUGGGACCCACAAGAGAAGCGCAACUUUGGCGAGACUCCGCACGAGCAAGACGAUGUGCUCUCCGUAUGGGCUCCUGACGUUCAUGCCGUUCCUGCCUCAUCGGCACUCCGUCAAUUCCUCAUCGCUAUCGGUGUUGUCGUUCUCUUCGGCUCCACAGUCUACGCUGCUACUCCCGAGAAGCCGGCACUUCCAAGGACCUACCCCCGAGAAGGCCUCGCCACUGAGCUCGGAGGCGAACAGGUUGCUGCUCCCAAGGAAGGCGCAUUUAGCGCGGACGCAGAAGAGGACGAAGACGACGACGAGUAA